GUGUGUGUGUGUGUGUGUGUGUGUGUGUCUCUCUCUCCCAGAGCUGCUUUCUCCUGCCCCCCCUCCCUGAUUCCUCCACCGGCAGCGAUGCAGAUGGAAUACACUGAAGCUAACGUCAGACUCCGCAGAGUUAAUUGUAGUAAUUAAUGUCAUACUUCUGUUUAAUUUGCGAGGAUGGUGUCGCCCACUGAAGCCGGGUAAUCAGACUCAGAGGCCGGAGCGGCAGGGAAGGCUAUAUCUGCCUGGAGUUCAAGCAAGGACUCCUUGGUUAAAUAUCGGCCUCCGUGCAGGAUUCUAUUGGGCCAAUUGUGGAUACUUUAGGGCGUAUUUGAACCGGGUUCUCUCGGCAGUGGAGGUGGCUUUAGGUGGGUUCGGUUCUUGAUGCCCGGAGGGCCGGAGGAUCCAACAUUAAGCAGCCCAGACUGCGGAGCCCCGGAGUAGGGCUCGAACACCGGGGAGUACAGAAGGAGUUAGUCUGUCUGAUUGGACUCCGUCGGGCCACCAGGCCCCCCCCCCCCACCAUGAACCCUAUGAACCAGAUGAAGGCGGGACUGGCCAACAACUCACACAGUGACGGUUCGUACCCCUAUGACCCCUCCGGCUGGCAGCAGCCCAACAAUCAGCCGACAGGAUCCCUCUCCGUGGUAACCACAGUCUGGGGAGUGACCAAUCCCUCAGCCAGCCAGGGCAUGGGAGGAGGAGUAAUGGGGCCCGGGGGCAACCCAGGCGGGGGUCCCAUGAUGCAGGGCCCUGGGGGUCCGGGCAUGGGCGGUGGGCCAGGAGGCUACAUGGGUCAGCAGGGCUAUGGAGAGCCCAGCAAAGGCUACAUGAACCAGGGCAUGUACGGCCGGAACACUGGCGGUUACGCUGGAGGACCGGGGGGGUACGCAGGGAGUUACCCGUCGAACCCCGGCGGCUCCAGAGGCUCGUCUGACUUCUCGCAGGCUGCUGCCGCUGCCGCCGUUGCUGCUGCUGCUGCUACGGCAACUGCCACCGCCACGGCAACGGUAGCCGCCAUCCAGGAGAAACAAAACCAGGAUAUGAACUAUGGACAGAUGGGAGGGCCGGGUUAUAACAACCAGUUCAUGUCCCACUCCGGCCCCCGCGGCCCACCUGGUAUGGCCCCUGGAGGUAUGGGCCACGGGCCAGGACCAAAUAGGGGCCCUCCUUCCAUGGGCCCCAUGUAUGGACCUGGGGGUGGCUCCCAGAGGGUCCCUCAACACCCAAACUAUGGCCCUGGACCACAGCAGGGUCACCUGAGACCCCCACAGGGCCUCAAACGGCCCUACAACCCCGAGUCGUUCCCAGGAAUGUCUCCGCAGUAUGUUGGUCCCAAUGUGAACGUGAUGUCCGGUCCUGGGGGUGGCGGUGGUUCCAUUCCAGGUUCAGGUGGAGGCGCUCAUGCGGGACCCGGUCCAUACUCAGGCCAAAAUAUGCAGUACCAUCCAGGUCUUGGUGGUCCAGGCCCCGCCCCUCAGCGAUCCAGCUCCUCCCCUUCAUAUCAGACCCAUAAAAUGCCCCUCCCACAGUACCCCCCCUCUGGACCCCCAAACUCACAGUACUACAAGCAGGAGCAGUUUAAUGGUCAGGGUGGAGGUUUGAGUGCUCUGAACACAGGAGGUCCCGGCGGAGUGUACAACUCCUUCAAUCAGCCACCUGCGCCGGGUAGAGGCCUGCCUGGUUAUCCCUCCUCUCCGGUUCCUGGGAACCCGACCCCUCCCAUCACCCCCAGCAGCUCAAUGGCCCCGCCCUACAUGUCUCCAGGAAACAGUGAUGUCAAGCCGCCUCCCUCCUCCUUCCUGCCAGAUAUCAAACCCAACAUGGCCGGCCUGCCGCCUCCUCCUCCUACAGGUAACCCUAGCGACGACCUGCGGCUGACCUUCCCGGUGCGCGACGGCGUGGUCCUAGAGCCCUUCAGAUUAGAGCACAACCUGGCUGUCAGUAACCACGUCUUCCAGCUCAGAGACUCCGUCUACAAGACUCUCAUCAUGAGACCGGACCUGGAGCUCCAGUUUAAGUGUUACCACCACGAGGAUCGACAGAUGAACACCAACUGGCCUGCCUCCGUCCAGGUGAGUGUGAAUGCGACUCCUCUCACCAUCGAGCGAGGCGACAACAAAACUUCCCACAAGCCUUUGUACCUGAAGCAAGUGUGUCAGCCGGGCAGGAACACCAUCCAGAUCACCGUGACCGCCUGCUGCUGCUCUCACCUGUUUGUCCUCCAGCUGGUUCAUCGUCCGUCGGUCCGUUCAGUGCUUCAGGGUCUGAUGAAGAAGAGGCUGCUGCCUGCAGAGCAUUGUGUCACUAAGAUAAAGAGGAACUUCAGCAGCGGUUCCAUCCCUGGGACCCCCGGGCUAAACGGAGAGGACGGCGUGGAGCAGACAGCCAUCAGAGUCUCGUUAAAAUGUCCCAUCACCUUCCGCCGCAUACAGCUGCCCGCCAGAGGUCACGACUGCAGACACAUACAGUGUUUUGAUCUGGAGUCGUACCUGCAGCUCAACUGUGAGAGGGGAACAUGGAGAUGCCCUGUGUGCAAUAAAACAGCUCUGUUGGAAGGUCUAGAGGUGGAUCAGUACAUGCUGGGAAUCCUCAUCUACGUUCAGAACUCGGAGUACGAGGAGAUCACCAUCGACCCGGUGUGCAGCUGGAAGCCGGUCCCUGUGAAGCCGGACAUCCAUGUGAAGGAGGAGUCUGACGGUCCGGUGCUGAAGCGCUGCCGGACCCUCAGCCCGAGUCACAUGGUCCUGCCUAGCGUCAUGGAAAUGAUCGCAUCGCUUGGCCCCGCCCCCUCCUCCUCUGCCUCCCCGAUGCCCUACCCUCCUCUAGGGGGCAGCAAUAACAGCAACACGCCUGACUACCCUGGACCAGGUACACGGGAGACAAGAUCUGAUUGUCUAAAAUGUUUAACUCCGUCCUAUCCUAGCCAACAUAGUUUCUCAGACUUCAGUGGUCCCGGGACUCCGGGAGUCGGGGGGGACUUCUCCUCCCCCGGUCCUCCCCCUCUCUCCUACCAGUCUGAGCUCUCCAGUGCCCUCCUAACUCCCGAUAAACCACCCCCCCACCCGCUGGCUGGACAGAUGUCGGUCUCGAACCGUCUGGACUCCUCUUCCCAUGGUGCUCCUCUCUCCCAGCAGCAGUCGCAGGGUCUCCACGGCAACUCUCAAAUGGGGGGCGGCAGCAACCAGAUGAUGCAGCGUAGUAACCAGAACCCCCGUCUCCAAGGCGACAGCUCCUUCGGUCUCGGGGGGUCAGCAGAGGGUCCUGAAGCGUCUCUGGACUUGCUUCCAGAGUUGACCAACCCAGACGAGUUGCUGUCGUACCUCGGACCUCCGGACCUCCCGAACAACAACAACGACGACCUGCUGUCGCUGUUCGAGAACAACUGAACACAUGCAAACACACACCUCCAGACAUGAGACAGAACUUUACUGUAAGAUAUUAACUCUUUCUCUCCUCGCCCGCCAACAUGACUGGCGGUCCAACAUGGCCGUCAUCUGCACAGGAUGGAGCGGAGGAUUAGAAGGAAACAAAAAAAAAAACUUUUAAAUAUGAAAUCUCUUUGGUGUGUGACGAUGAUGGUAACUUUAUUUUAUUGUUUUUUUGUAUUCUCUGAAACUGUAUUUUGAUGUUUCCUACUCAUUCCCCGGAGUCGACAACCCUGCCGCUCACAGUAAGCUCUGACUGUUUCAAGUUGGUGACCACCACUGCUUUACAGGAAAACUUCUGUAUUUUUUAACAGGGACCCAAUUUCCCCAUGUUUUGGUGUCUAACUGACAAAUGUUAAAACAUUUUUUAACUGGGUUAGUAUUGAGUGAGAGCUCCGCACUGUUGAGGUACCUCCGCUAAAAGUGAUUUUCUAGCCACUGACAGGGACGGCCUACAUUGUUAUUACAUAACAUUUUAUUUAGGUUUUCAGUCUAACGACGGUUGGUCACUUUUGACCAGAGCAGAUUAUUCUUGAGAUAACAGAUCAACGCGUAUGAAAGCAUCGACUGCUGAAUUCUACCUUAUUUGACCCUUAAGCUGCAUUCACAUGAUGCAGGGUAAAGAUCAGAGGACAGUUGUAUGUAGCGAGCAGGGGGGGUAACCAUAGGAACAAAACGUUAUUCUGUCAGCUGCAACCCAUAGGGACUUGGUAGCAAAUAAAAACAUGGUUCAAAAACAGGAUUAAAGGUGAAAAGCAGAUUUAACUUUCAUAUCUUUCAGCCACUGCAUACAUAAAAGUACUUUGUAGCAAAGUAACACGGCUCGAGAAGCUGACACACUAUACGAUAAGAAUAUAUUGAUAUAUAUUGUCACUAAUUUGCUCCAUUAUUUUUACACCGCCGUGGUUUACUGCUAAGAGAAUAAGACAAAAAGGUCAAACAAGAAAUAAUUGCCAAAAGAGGACGAAUAAAACAUCAGAUAUUAUUUUUAUUUAUAAGAAUACAUUAAAGCUACACGUUAACUUAAUACAGAAAGGUAUUUAUAGUCAGAUCUACUCAUGCCUUACAUGGGCAGUGAUAUUCUAAGCCUGUUAUUUUAAUCAUUCACAGUUUUUUUGCCAGCUGUCCCUCCUGCUUUUGGCAGCUGCAACUGUGUUUCCUUCAGGCUCAAUGAUGUGUUCUUCGUAUCUGUAAUAUUAUAGUUUGCUUUGCAUUAGUCAAAUAUGCUGCUCUGCUUAGAGUGGUAGUACUUGUCCAUGUUUGGGAUUGGUCAAUUUCGCUCUCUGCAUACAGACAAGUUUGUUCUCUCAGCUUAAUAUCGCUCCAAUCAAAUCCCCAACUGUUCACUCCAACAACAAAAAAGCUGUGUUCAAUACGACUUGCUGAUUUAUCAAAUAUCACUUUUUCUACAUUUAAAUCUUCUGCUGAGGUAUUCCAAUGAAGCUUCAAAAAUCUUUCGUCACAUUUAAUGACAUCUUCCUAAAUCCUCGAACCAAAUCCUUGACUUGAAUAAUGUUUCUUUAAAUGAGUUGGUGUUCUUUAUUAAAUCAGCGUUCUAUAAAUUGGUAUAACUCAUCAGUUAUGUAAGAUGCCAGCCACCUUUUGUGCAGAAGGGAAAGCAAUAGUUUGGCCGUAGUGAAGAAGUUGGUCUAAGGGCUCGACCUCAAUAAAUAUGAAUUCAAACUUCAAAUGUCCUAGAAAGACAUGCUGUGAAAACAUAAUAUCUAUAUUUUUACAUGGACUCAAAUAGAUUUAUUGGACAUUUUUGGAUAACACAAAUGAGAUAAAACUAAAAAAGGGCUCAAUGUAAAAUCCUCAGGCUCAAUUUCACUCCCCCCUCAGAUGCUCUGCGCUGAAAAAACUGAAACUUUAAUUAAAUGUAUUAGGUCAACAGAUUAGGUUAGUUGAAAACAAUAAUAUCAAGUUUAAAUGAAAUAUAUUAGGUUCAACUUAAUAUUAUUGAUUUCAACUAACCUAAUACAGUUAUGUGAAAUAUGUUGACAUAAUUGUAUUAAAGUCACCAUUUCAGUGUGUUUCUAUAAAUAUAAUAAGGAUAAAGAAAAUGUAUUUACUUUCUCUUUCCCAUGAUCCAUAAUUUUAUUUUUUUAUUUUUAAACCUGCCGAAGUAAUCGGCAGUAAUCGGCAAACCUCCUUCUGUAAUCUAGCAAGAGACGACUUAAAUAUUCAGCCGUACAUCAAUAAUCUUUUGAUACCUCUUUCUGUACCCACACUCAACUCUCACUCACCGCUUUCUUCAGAAAUCAAGUCACCUCACGUCAGAUUUAAGAACCGGAGCCUGUCAGGGACAAAACUAGCUCAGCUAAAAACACUUAUACCUCAUUCACACCAACGGUGUUUCAGAGCCGGUUCGGAGCUGGAGCUUGAAAAGCACCGGGUUUUCCUGUUCACACCGCAGCGGAGUAGCCUCUUAGCUCCGGAAUCCGGUUCCUUUCAAGCACCAACAAAUUGUCCGGCCAGAGCAAAAGCACCGCAUACGUCACGCUUACGUCGAGGCGGGGGCAGGGGCGGGAUCAACUCC